UUUUGUUUCAAAACCCAUGGUUACUUUUAUUAAAAAUACAGAAUUCUAAGCAUAGAAAUCAGUGCUUUUGCAAUCGCAUAUUUCAGUGUUAGGAAUAAUUUGUGAUCAAAAGAAGAGAAGGUUGCAGUGGUGCUGAGGAAUCAUACACAUACAUAAAAAUGUAGUUGAUAAGCUCCAUUUUACAACAACUUUAUGAGAAAAGUUUUGUAUGAAUGAGGAACUAAUUUUCAUAAAUGACCUUUCUGUAAUAAAGGGGAAAAAUUAAUUAACAUAUAUAGUCUGGUCAGUUUACAUAAUUUUUUUUUAAUUAAUGGGCUCUUAAAUUAUUUCAUUCAAAACUACAGCUCAUUAUCUCCAUAGGAUAUUGUUCUUCUGAAUGCACCUCUGGUGUCGUAAUGCAUAAAAAGUAAAUGCCACCUUAGGUGCCGGUAUCAUUAAAUUAAUCUAAACUUAUAUGCUUGCGUUAAUAUGCACAGCUAGAGUGAUUCUGUUACUGUAUACACUGAGUUUUACUUGGUUUUAUAAAAUUGUCUUAUCUUGGUUGCCUGUGCUUUUAUCUCUGCCCGUGCUAACCUGGAUGCUUGAUUUGCUUUCCCCCACCUGUAGCUGUACAGCUUGAUGUGAGCCGGUUUUUAAUUCAGCGACGUCCAGCUUAUUCACCGAGAUGGGUAAGUGGUUGUCCAUAAGACAAAUAUUUGUUUCUUCUUGGAAAAUGGCUACAGAAUAUUUUAUGUGGUUUUAUUCCCUGUGCUGGGCGCUAAGUGAUAACAGUGUAAAUAGUGAUGUAAAGGUUGUUUCUGCAGCUGUUGUGUUGGGAUUCUAGCAGCUGAGAGUUCUCUGGCUCAUUUAUUCCAAAUUAUGCUUCAUUAGACUCUUUCUGCCACCUACUGCUUGCUUUGCAACACAGUUGGUUGUUCUUGAUAUUAAUACUGAGCUUGACACUUUAAUACCUCACCUCGCAGGGGUCAUUUUUAUUAAAAAACUCAUUAAAUGGAAUUGGUUCUUUGUUGGAUUAUUUAUGUGAAUAUAACUGAACUACUGUUAAAAGCUUCGCAGGACUUGGACUUAGUGAUGUGAAUCUGCAAGAAUACGAAUUAUGGCAGCAUAAAUAUUAAUAUGGCUAUCCAUGCCAGGGAAAAUAGUAAGCACUAGGUUUCUUAGUAAGGCAGUAUGUGGAGGCAGCAAGGAUGAUUUUACUUAUUUUAUAAUCAAAGCAUAGGCUUAAGUUGAAGCAAACAGUUGGGUUUGGCACAAAUACCGCUGCUUUCCACUAAUUCAAAGCACACUUGUGUUUAUCACUUUGCUCAGUCCUCGGCAAAGCGAUGUGCAGCCAAACAGGCGGCAGUCGCAUCCCCCUCGCCCCGCUGUCUGGCUUCAAUCCGGUCCCUGUGGUGCCAGCGCAGCCAAGAGCUCUCAUGAUGUGACAAAAUUAGCUUGCUCAGUUUUCUGCAUAGGUGAUCAAACUAGAACUGAUGGGAAGAGCAGCUCUGUUGGUACCUGUUGUUGCCACAACACUGCUGGCAUGGGGAAUUUGAACUGAUUUCCUCCAGACAGUAACUUGGCAACCACAGAUCUGGGAGAUUCUGGGCAGCUCAAGUCCAUAAUGUGUUUUUCAUGAAGUGUUAUGAAAGCACAAUGUUGGCCAUACCUGACAAUUCAGUAUUUUUUCUCUUGGGUUUGCUCCUAUCUAUCUGCUUAUCUCCAUGGUGUCAAUCCAUGGGGUUUAAGACAGGAAAUAAAACACCCUGCGUGGCAAACAGAAAAUUUGCAAUAAAUCUGUUUUACAAACUUGCGUCUUAAUGAAGCAAAUAAUAUAAAGCCUGAUAAAGAAUAAUUUCAAAAUUUGUGCACGUGCGAAGGCAAUGGUCUCUAAAGCAGUAUUUACAGAAGGAAGUUUUGCACUGUCGUUCACACCGAGACGUAAGACAAAAGAUAAGCAACAGGAAAUAAAUUGUUUGUUUCAGAGGCCUUUUAAUUUGGGGCUUUGUUUUAUUAUAUUUACACAUUUUAGCCUGAUGUAGCCGGUUCUGUGUAGCUGUGGAAAGCAUUACAGAAACCUUGUAGAUAUGUGUGGAACUACUAAAUACUGAGACGUUCCUCUGAAAGUUUAACUUGUAGCCUUUCGAAAUUAAUGAUACCUUUUGGCUAAACCUGCUUCUUGGACUUUGUGUAUUUUUGUGACAACAGCCACUGAUUGGGAAUGACAGUGUGGAGGUUUUUACAAACAGGCAAAAUGAGUUGUUCUGAUUCAGCUGUGAAGUGCUGCGGCCUCAUCGCCAACAACCUCUGUACCUGUCUGUGAGAACAGAGGUCACUCGUCAGGGUUUGGUUUAUGAUUGUUCACAUUCAGUCGCAAGCUGAGAAAAGCAACUGAAGCUGCUUUUCUUCACACAGCAGCUCAAAGUAACACAAAGACGAGUGGCACAAGCAAGCUGGAGUGUUCCCAGUUUGCCAGUGGCUGGCCCUGAGGAGCGGCAGUGCCCUUGUGCUGAAGGAGUGAGAGCUGUGCAGCUGGGACAGACAAACUGCCUUGUUGGGAAGCGCAGGAUGUAAUUCUGAGCUGGACUAGAGGAUCUCCAGAGGUCCCUUCCAACCCUAACCACUGUGUGACUCUGUGAUUGCAGCGUGCGUGCCUGGUGAGCCAGGGGACUGACGCUCCUGCUUUCCAAAUGAGCGCCCUGCAGAAUGUCUCCUCCCCUCUGCUGCUCGCUUGCACGCAGACAGCGGAACAGCCCUGUGGUGUAUUUGCAUGUAACUCCUCAAUGCCUUUCCCCAGUCUUUACAGCUUUCCACAGCUGGCUGUGCAUCAGCCGAGCAGUUUUACCUCUGCAGAAACCGUGUGCCAAGAGGGGAAGGUUGAGCCUGAGAAGGAAAGGGCCUGACGCUUGGUUUGGAUCUGGUGGUUGCUUGAUGUGUAAUUUUCUUUUCAUAUGUUACUCUCAGCACUAAUCUCCACGUGACUGGGUUUUUGGCUUGACAAACACAAUUUAGUGGAUUAACAGCUGUUAUUACUUCAUGCUAUCACUAUGCCAUAAAUCAAAAGCUCUCUAAAGUUUUAGAGGAAAACAUUAUAGGGCUGCGCUCAGCCAUGGGCUGCAGUCAGCUGAACAGAAACCAGACUGGCAGCCCUGCUCUCUGCCUCUACUUCAACUGGAAGAUCCUUUCUCCAUGUGUCCAGUGUCCAAAGCAGAGGGUGAUGUGCUGUGGGCUGGCUCGGUCGUACAGCUGCUCUCCGACUUGGGAGUUUCAUAUGAAGGAUUUUGCCAUUUGUUUUAAAAACCAGCUGUCUGCAAUGACCCUUGAGAUUGGUUGUUUCUGCAUGCUCUGAAACAACUCAAAAGCAACACAAUGCCGCAUUCUCCCCAGUAAGAUUGCUGUUGGUGUGUUGAUAAGCACACUUCCUUCAAAAUCUGUUUGGUCGGAGAGGAUAAUAAUUCCUUAUUUAGCGUUACAGAAAUGCAGUCCUGUGCUCUUGAUCCGGACGUGCUGUGCGUUGCUAACCAGCAGAACACUGUGCUUGUUCUGUGCGAUUAGUAAAACCCAAAGCAAACUCCUGCCUGUGUUCUCGAGCUUCCGGAAACAGGACGUCCCUCUGAAAACCGUCUCGCAAACGGGAAGUUGCAAAACUUACUCUUCACAGCUCAUCUCUCUCUGACUCGGAGAAAGAAGGACACGUCUCCAUCAGCUUCCUGCUUACUGAAAGAUGUCAGCGAUUGGAGCAGUGUCCUCCUGUUCCUGCCUCCGUCCCGGUGUACGGCUGCUGAAACCAGGGACGCAGAAGAUGAGCUCGCUUGGCUUGCACACAGCAGCCAGGUGUGCCGCCAGGGAUUACUAUGAAGUGCUUGUGCUGGGUGGAGGUGCUGGUGGAAUCACCAUGAGUGCUCGGAUGAAGAGGAAAGUGGGGGCAGAAAAUGUGGCUGUUGUUGAGCCAAGUAAGACCCAUUACUACCAGCCCCUGUGGACCCUGGUUGGCGGCGGCGCAAAGCAGCUGGCGGCUUCGGCACGUCCAACGGGAAGCGUAAUGCCCAGAGGUGUCGAGUGGAUCCAGUCUCGAGUUACAGCAUUGGAUCCAGAUAAGAACUGCGUCUGGCUGGAGAAUGAUACCAAGGUAUCUUACAAAUAUCUGAUAAUUGCCCUUGGGAUUAGUCUGCAUUAUGAAAAGAUCAAAGGUUUGCCUGAGGGUUUUCACCACCCCAAAAUAGGUUCCAAUUAUUCUGUUCAUACGGUAGAGAAAACAUGGAGAGCUCUACAAGAUUUCAAGGAGGGAAAUGCUAUCUUCACUUUUCCAAAUACUCCGGUGAAGUGUGCGGGGGCUCCUCAGAAGAUCAUGUAUUUAUCAGAGGCCUACUGGAGGAAAACAGGAAAACGUUCCAAAGCAAACAUAAUGUUCAACACCUCACUUGGCGUCAUUUUUGGUGUCAAGAAGUAUGCCGAUGCAUUGCUUGAAAUAAUAAAGGAGAGGAAUAUCACUGUUAAUUAUAAGUGCAACCUUGUAGAAGUUCGAGCAGACAAGCAGGAAGCUGUGUUUGAAAACUUGGACAAACCCGGAGUGACCGAAGUUCAUCAGUAUGAAAUGCUUCAUGUCACCCCCCCAAUGGGGCCACCUGAUGUCCUCAUCAACAGUCCUGUCUCGGAUGCAAUUGGCUGGGUGGACGUAGAUAAGGAAACCCUACAACAUAAAAGGUAUCCUAAUGUAUUUGGUAUUGGAGACUGCACCAACCUUCCAACAUCGAGAACCGCUGCAGCUGUAGCUGCCCAGUCUGGAGUGCUUGAUAAAACUAUUUCCCUGGUCAUGAAGAACCAGUUGCCAACUAAAAAGUACGAUGGAUAUACAUCCUGCCCACUAGUAACAGCCUACAACAAAGUGAUCCUAGCAGAAUUUGACUACAGUGCUCAGCCUUUGGAGACCUUUCCUAUUGACCAGAGUAAGGAGAGAAUAACCAUGUACCAUAUGAAAGCUGACAUGAUGCCAUUUCUCUACUGGAAUGCCCUACUUAAGGGGUACUGGGGUGGACCAGCACCCAUCAGGAAGCUAAUGCAUCUGGGCUUCAAGUAACUGCUUGUGCUGUCUUGGUCGAGCCCUGCUGGGGAAACUGACUGUUCACAUGUGGAUGAACACCUUCCCUCUUGGACAACCACCUCCUUAGGCUUGUUUGGUUUGUGGUUUGUUUUUCAUUAAAUAAAGCUUUGAUCCCAAAUUCACUUUCCCCCCUACUAGUAAUUAAGCCUGAAGAUGUGCUUUCCCUGCUCUGUGUGAAUCAAGGCCUUAAGCUAUUUCUGUCCAUACACAGGAGUUUGAACCUAAAUGUGAACUUGCUUAGAGCUACAGAACACUAUCAAAAUCUUCUAAUCAAUGUUAAAGCUGUUUGAUAUGUAAUUUUUUAUCAUUACUCUGAACUGAACUGUCUGCAUCUGAGAUCAAUGCGUGCACUGGAUUUAACAGAAUAUUUCAAUGCUAGUAAAACUGCUUGAAAACCUCC